GUUGACUCACCAGCACCUCACACAACACGCAAGUACCGACACGAGAGGACGCGCUGAGAACACAAGAGAGAGGCUCACCUGGAACGUAAUUGAGAGGAGUGAUCUACUUGGUUUGGUCUGGGCAAGAGGCAGCAUGACCAGGGGCUUGGUGAACGCGAGGUCGUCAUGUCGGAGUUGCCUCCUGCUGGUGGCGGCUUCAGCAGCAACAACGCAGGCCUUCUUCGUGGGGGGGCGGUGUCCUCUACAAGCAAGAGGAGCGAGAACAGCAGCAGCACCCGCCGAACGACAGUGUAGAACAAGAGCGCGAUCGGGACUUUCAAUGAUCAUCCCACCCGCAGAGCUGGGGUACGUUACUGAGGCCUACGACGACUUUCCAGACUAUGUUCCCAACAUGGGUGCGUGGGGAGAGUCAAAGCCAGGAAGCACUCCAGAGGCUUACCCGGCGGACUCGCUGGAUCUGGACGACUUUUGGAACGGAGGGGCGGAGGCGGUGGACUUUCACGACAUCCCGGUGGUCGACCGGCCUGUCUUCGUGGAGAUGAAGCAGUUCAUCGACAAUGAAGGGCUAACGAUGCUCCCAUCGGAGACCGAGCUAUUGGAGAGGGAUAUCCAGAACGAGCGGAGAGCACGCGCUAAGGCCAGGAAGGAGCGCUUCGCGGACGAACCGGAUGAGGAUCUGGUGGACGACACCCUGGACGACUUACCGCUCGACGACGAGAUCGAGGUCGGCGUGAUCGACGUCCCGCCGCCGCCGGUAGAUUUCGACGACAGUGACGGUUACGACGACGGUUACGACCCGGAUAUGGGGGGGCUCGGAGAGGCAGAGAGCGAUGGCAUGUACUAAGUAUUCAACGACGCUUUGGUGUGUGUGUUUCCCCUCCCCCAGCACCCUUGAGGGUAACUGAUGAGAGCCUUGAUUUAGCAACCAAGCGUGUCAUGGCUGCAGAAAGAUAGCCUUCGUGUAGCAACCAAACGUUUCGUUGCUGCAGGAAAAAGCUGGUUGAAUGAUGUUGCUGCUCCCGGUGCUAUUGAGUCUAUCUGGUGAAGACGUUCAGCCGAGGGCAGUAGGUGUUGGCGAAACCGGAAUUGUUGUUUGUGGGUGCUGGUAGACCAGCGGUGGAAAGUCUCGCAAGACAAGUAUGGUUCCUCAUCUUCGGGACCACUGCCGGCAGGGCAUAACAGGUAGCACCAGCGAUCAGCGUGAGGCACGUAUCUGCUGUCAUGCCCACAAGCGUUGUCUGAAUUGAUGCAAGAGAUGUGUUUCUUUUGGCGAUUGCCUCAGUUGAAGCCCACCCUGUCAACACGAAAACGACCUCGAAGACAUGACGCUCCGUU